AUGGUUUGGUUCCCAGCUACUGCAUUUAUCGCCCUCCUUGGAGUCGCAUCCUCUGCCGUCAUCGUGGAGCGCGAAAACAGCCUAAACUCUCCAUGCACGAAGGAAUGGGCGUCAAUCAUCACGGUCAAUGGCGUCCAAUCGAAAGACUGCCCAUCUCCCCCAUGGAAGAACGGCGCCAUCAACGCCAAUAACAACAGGUUCUACAUCGGAAAUUCAUCAGUAGCUCUCUGCGCAAACGACCAACUCUGCAACACCAAACCAAGCCAAGCUCAAUUUAUCCUCCACCAUGAAAUAUAUAUGCUUAGACUUCACGUCGGCGUACUAGGUGGUCAACAGGUUUAUAUUGACAAGAAGGGAGCGUUGCGCUACAACGGAGUCAAGGAGCCAUUGCCGGUGACGUGGACUGCUGCUGCAAACGGAUGGGAUGCCCCAAAAUCCACCAAUCGAUACCAAACUUUACGCUCUCGCGAAGUUAAGAAAUGGUGGGCAUGUCCAGAGCAUUCCUCCAAAAAGAACACUGGCCCAUGGCAGGUCUUCGCCGACACUAAGACAAUUACCGUCAAGGACUCAGACGUCCCAUCCAAGAAGAAGAGCGACUGCGUUACUUUCAGCCUUGGUACUGAAUUUGUCACUCCUCUAUUUUACAACAAUGUCGGGUGGUAA